GAAUCUCGAUUAUAUUAGUAAUAGCAAAAAAGGUUAAGGUUACUUGCACGAAGAGAGUUAACUCACAUACCGCGUGAUGAAUGUUAUGAGCACGCGGGUCAUAUCCCGGAUCAGACCGCUUGUACUUGCGAGAGAUGUGUCGGUAAGUUGCUGCAGGCGGAAAGAUGAUUUUCAAGAUUUGAUUCAUCCAGAAGGUCGGGAACCUGGCAUUCCACGUUACGCGGAACGCGACGGAGAGAAUACAAAUCUCAAAAGAGCACGAUUGACGUAUCAAUCUCGUAAACGUGGGAUGUUGGAGAAUGGUCUGCUUCUUAGCACCUUUGCACACAAGUAUUUGAAUGCGUUCGAUGACACGCAAUUAAGACUAUAUGAUCGACUUAUAAAUUUACCAUCCAACGACUGGGAUAUAUUCUAUUGGGCGACUGGUGUUAAACCGACUCCACCUGAAUUUGACAAUCAAGUGAUGGACUUACUGAAAAAACAUGUUCAGAAUGAAGAUCGACAAACCAGGAUAAUGCAACCAGAUCUAUAAAUCUAUAUAUAUCGUAUAGCAAAUAUAAUAGUAAGACAAGCCCUAACACGUAUAGCAGGGUAGUACGCUAAGCUCUGAUAGUGACAUAUAAACUUGAAAAGUGUUGAAAACGUCCAACGUACGACGCAUAAAAUAGUAGAUAAAUACGUAAAAGCAUAUAUUGUCGUUUGAAACAAAUCUAAUAUUAUUCCGUUCGUGUACACUCCGUUCACAUGCGUAGACGAUGAUAAAAUUAUAUUUUAUUUAUCCACGUAAGGAAAUUUUUUUAACGAAAUUUCAACAUUGGUCUCAAAAAUUAUUUUAUUACAAAAGUUUUUAUCUUACAUACAUGUCGGUCGUCUGAUGAUUACUUUGAAUUCAAAUAGAAUUAUGCGAGUGUUUAUUAUAAUCAACGUGUUUCAUUCAAUAUAAUGACUAAAACGCCAUACAGAGAGCCAUUUCGGAUAGCGCCCAAAAGGGAUCGUAUCUGUGCGCACUAUCGCAAACGCCGUAAUAAUUUAUAAUAAACGGAAAAAAA